AUGGCUGUGCGGCGGUUUAAGAGAGGCUGACAAGACGAAAAAAUCACCGUUUACCCCCGCAGAACAGCGAGGACUUAUGUAGAAACGACACUCUAGACAGUCGACGUAUAAAUUUCAACUACUUGCUCGUGUUAUAUUUGGUCAGUGAGCUCUUUAUUUCGAUUGAAAACGUGUCGGCUCUGAUUUAACGGUCCUGUCAACGUAAAGCUUUAAAUAUAUUUCUCUAUUCUGUAAAGCAUCAAAACCGCCAACAUAGAUUAUAAACAGCUGAAAGAGAUGUCACUGCUGUGUGUUGGAGUGAAAAAAGCAAAGCUAGAUGGACCACAAGAGAAAUUCAACACCUAUGUGACACUUAAGGUGCAGAACGUGAAGAGCACCACCAUUGCUGUGCGAGGCAGUCAGCCAUGUUGGGAACAGGAUUUUAUGUUUGAGAUUAACAGGCUGGAUCUGGGCCUGACUGUGGAGGUCUGGAACAAAGGCUUGAUCUGGGACACCAUGGUGGGCACGCUGUGGAUCCCUCUAAGCAGCAUUCGGCAAUCCAAUGAGGAAGGGCCAGGGCAAUGGAUGACUUUAGACUCAGACGUCAUCAUGGCGGAAAAUGAGAUCUGUGGUACCAAAGAUCCAACUUUCCACCGUGUGCUUCUGGAUACGCGAUUUGAGUUGCCUUUAGACAUUCCAGAGGAGGAGGCUCGCUACUGGGCCAAAAAACUGGAGCAGCUAAAUGCCAUGAGGGACCAAGAUUAUUCAUAUCAGGAGGAGCAUGAGAGACCACUUCCUGUGCCAUCAACACAAUGCUGUAACUGGAGUCUAUGGGGAGACCAACAAAAUGAUGAUCCAGACAGUGCAGUGGAUGAUAGAGACAGCGAUUACCGAAGUGAGACGAGCAACAGCAUCCCUCCUCCCUUUUACACCACAUCCCAGCCCAAUGCCUCCAUGCAUCAGUACCCCAUUCGCCAUAUGCACCGUGGCUCCCACUACGAUGACAUGCAAGACUAUGACUACGAUAACCAAAGAGCUAUGAGUCCCACAGGGUCCAGUCGAUAUGCUUCAUCAGGCGAGCUGAGCCGUGGGAGCUCACAGCUCAGUGAGGAUGGUGAGAGUUUCCGUGGCUCCGGAGAGUUCUAUGAUGAGAAUGACUCCUACCACUCAUGCCACUCCUCGGUCAGCUAUGGUAAAGAGUCACCUGGCUGGGACCAUGAUGAGCCCCAAGGAGUCUACAGUGACGAAGGUAGUUAUGUCAAAGAUGGCGGAGAGGAAGGUGCACUUUAUGAGGAUGAGGAUGGUGACUUGUAUGAGCGGGAGGAAGGGGAUUACCCCUACGAGGAGGAAGAGGGAUUGGGCUUUGAGGAGGAUGAAGAGUUGUAUCCGCUAGAUGGGACACUUAGUGAGGAGCAGGAGCCCCCAUAUACACCCACCCCAACCAAGGCAGCUCCCUUGUUAGCACGGGAGUCCUCCAGCUUCAGUCGGCCACCUCUGGAGAAGCAGACAUCACUUCACCAGCAUCAGCCCCCACAAGCUGAACCUCAGUUCCGGCCUACAGAUUCUCUCACAGAAGUUGUGCCAAAGCAGCAGAGCUUUGACGACUUGAGCAAACCUGUCAGCAAACCCGUCAGCAAACCUGUCAGCAAACCCACUGUACCUGCCUCUGAUCUGGAGCCCCUUGGUCCAGGAGCACCAUCAUUUAAACCUGCAGCAAAACCUGUUGGAAUCACAGAUGAGCUGAAGCAACAGGUUGAGCCUCCAGUCACUGAGCACUCUUCUGCAGCUCUGCCGGAGAAACUGGAAGCACCACCAGAAAGUGUGACAAAGCAUGAUGAGCCAGUGGAUCCUGCUGAACGUGCUAAGGCCAACUGGUUGCGACUCUUCAACAGGGUUCGACUUCAGCUGCAGGAGGCCCGAGGCGAGACUCCUGGUCUGGCAUCAUUGUUUCUACAAGCAGGGCCUGGAGGAGCUCUGUACACCAUUGACAGCAUGCCAGACUUGCGAAAACGAAAGGCCAUUCCUCUGGUUCGAGAUUUGUCACUUGUGCAGAAUUCUCGCAAGGCUGGAAUCACCUCAGCUAUGGCCUCCAGCACACUCAACAAUGAGGAGCUGAAGAGUCACGUGUAUAAGAAAACCCUCCAGGCUCUGAUCUACCCCAUUUCCUGCACUACGCCCCAUAACUUUGAGGUGUGGACGGCCACUACGCCAACUUAUUGCUAUGAGUGUGAGGGGCUGUUGUGGGGUAUUGCCCGACAGGGUAUGCGCUGUACUGAGUGUGGUGUCAAAUGCCAUGAGAAGUGCCAGGACCUGCUGAAUGCUGACUGUUUACAAAGAGCUGCAGAGAAGAGCUCUAAGCACGGUGCGGAAGAUCGGACUCAGAACAUCAUCAUGGUUCUAAAGGAUCGCAUGAAAAUACGCGAAAGAAACAAGCCAGAGAUCUUUGAGCUCAUUCAGGAUGUGUUUGGAGUCCCCAAAACCACUCAUGUCACCCAGAUGAAGCAGGUGAAGCAAAGUGUCUUGGAUGGAACAUCCAAGUGGUCAGCCAAGAUCAGCAUCACAGUUCUGUGUGCACAGGGACUGCAGGCCAAGGAUAAAACUGGCUCCAGCGAUCCUUAUGUAACAGUGCAAGUGGGCAAAACCAAGAAGAGGACCAAGACCAUCUAUGGCAACCUCAAUCCUGUCUGGGAUGAGUCCUUCAAUUUUGAGUGCCACAACUCUUCAGACCGGAUAAAGGUACGGGUGUGGGACGAGGACGACGACAUCAAAUCACGUGUUAAGCAGAAGUUCAAGCGAGAGUCAGAUGACUUCCUAGGGCAGACUAUCAUUGAGGUGCGGACACUAAGCGGAGAAAUGGAUGUGUGGUACAACCUCGACAAGCGUACAGACAAGUCUGCUGUGUCAGGAGCUAUCCGAAUGCACAUCAGUGUGGAGAUCAAGGGAGAGGAAACAGUGGCCCCUUAUCAUGUCCAGUACACCUGCCUACAUGAGAAUCUCUUCCACUAUGUGACGGAUCUUCAGAACAACGGCGUGGUAAAGAUCCCAGAUGCUAAAGGCGACGAUGCCUGGAAGGUCUACUUUGAAGAGACACCUCAGGAGAUUGUGGAUGAGUUUGCUAUGCGUUAUGGAGUGGAAUCUAUAUACCAAGCCAUGACACACUUUGCCUGUCUAUCAUCUAAGUAUAUGUGCCCAGGAGUGCCAGCAGUGAUGAGCACUUUGCUGGCUAACAUCAAUGCGUACUAUGCCCACACCACACAGGCAACCAAUAAUGUCUCUGCUUCCGACCGUUUCGCCGCAUCCAACUUUGGGAAAGAGCGCUUUGUAAAACUCCUGGACCAACUACACAACUCUCUGAGGAUUGACCUCUCUAUGUACAGGAAUAAUUUCCCAGCCAGUAGUCCUGAAAGGCUGCAGGAUCUCAAAUCCACAGUGGACUUACUCACUAGUAUCACUUUCUUCAGAAUGAAGGUCCAAGAGUUACAGAGUCCUCCUCGUGCCAGUCAGGUUGUGAAAGACUGUGUGAAGGCCUGUCUGAACUCCACAUAUGAAUACAUCUUCAACAACUGCCAUGAGCUGUAUAGCCGUGAAUACCAGACUGACCCAUCAAAGAAAGGGGAGGUUCCACCUGAAGAACAGGGUCCAAGUAUCAAGAAUCUUGACUUCUGGUCCAAACUGAUCACUCUAAUUGUGUCUAUCAUUGAGGAAGACAAGAACUCCUACACUCCUUGCCUUAACCAGUUUCCACAGGAACUGAAUGUAGGGAAGAUAAGUGCAGAGGUUAUGUGGAAUCUGUUCGCCCAGGAUAUGAAGUAUGCAAUGGAGGAGCAUGAAAAGAACCGCCUGUGUAAGAGUGCUGAUUACAUGAAUCUGCACUUCAAAGUGAAAUGGCUUUACAAUGAGUACUGCAAAGAUCUGCCUUUCUUCAAGAGCAGAGUCCCAGAGUACCCAGCGUGGUUCGAACCUUUUGUAAUCCAGUGGCUGGAUGAGAAUGAGGAGGUUUCUCGAGACUUUCUGCAUGGAGCUCUGGAAAGGGACAAAAAAGAUGGAUAUCAGCAGACAUCAGAACAUGCUCUCUUCUCCUGCUCAGUGGUGGAUGUCUUUUCCCAACUCAACCAGAGCUUUGAAAUUAUUAAAAAGUUGGAGUGCCCUGACCCACAGAUUGUGGGCCACUACAUGAAGCGAUUUGCCAAGACAAUAAGCAAUGUCCUGCUAUCCUAUGCCAGCAUAAUUUCCAGAGAUUUCCCAAACCACUGUACCCAGGAAAAAGUGAAUGCAAAAGAUGGUGCUGUAAAGCCCUGUAUUCUGAUUAACAACAUUCAGCAACUGCGGGUACAGCUGGAGAAGAUGUUUGAGGCAAUGGGAGGCAAGGAUCUGAAUGUUGAGGCUAGCGACAUUUUAAAGGAGCUGCAGGUAAAACUGAACAAUGUUCUGGAUGACCUGGCCAGGAUCUUUGCCACCAGUUUCCAGCCCAACAUUGAGGAGAAUGUGAAGCAGAUGGGAGAUAUUCUGAGCCAAGUGAAAGGCACAGGCAAUGUGCCAGCUAGUGCCUGCAGCAGCGUGGCUCAGGAUGCUGACAAUGUACUGCAGCCCAUCAUGGACUUCCUGGACAGCAACUUGUCACUGUUUGCUAAGAUAUGUGAGAAGACAGUUCUGAAGCGAGUGCUAAAAGAACUCUGGAAACUUGUCAUGAAUACUAUGGAGAAGACCAUUGUUCUGCCUCCUCUAACUGAUCAAACGGGCAGGGUGAAGCUUGCUUGUCACAGUGAUGGUACACAGCUCAUUUUCAAUGCUGCUAAGGAACUUGGCCAGCUUUCCAAGCUUAAGGAGCACAUGGUGCGUGAAGAGGCAAAGGCUUUAUCACCCAAGCAAUGUGCAGUUAUUGAGUUGGCCUUGGAUACCAUCAAGCAAUAUUUCCAUGCUGGAGGAGUGGGCUUAAAGAAGACUUUUCUGGAGAAGAGUCCUGACCUGCAGUCUCUCCAUUAUGCCCUGUCUCUCUACACACAAGCUACAGACAAGCUCAUCAAAACCUUUGUCCAGUCACAGAACGCACAGGGCUCUGGGGUGGAUGAUGCUGUGGGAGAGGUGUCUAUUCAUGUGGAGAUCUUCACUCAUCCCAACACAGGCGAACACAAGGUCACAGUAAAAGUGGUUGCUGCAAACGACCUGAGGUGGCAGACGUCUGGAAUAUUCCGACCAUUCGUGGAGGUCUACAUCAUUGGCCCCCACCUUAGUGAUAAGAAAAGGAAGUAUGCCACUAAAUCUAAGAACAACAGUUGGGCUCCCAAAUACAACGAAACGUUCACAUUCACACUGAGUAAUGAGGUGGGACCAGAGUGUUAUGAGCUGCAGGUGUGUGUGAAGGAUUACUGCUUUGCACGUGAGGACCGCACUGUGGGCAUGGCUGUGCUGCAGCUGAAGGAUGUGGCUCCACGGGGUAGUGUGGCAUGCUGGCUCCCACUCUCCAAACGCAUCCACAUGGACGAAACGGGCCUGACUGUGUUGCGCAUUCUCUCACAGCGUAACAAUGAUGACGUGGCCAAGGAGUUUGUCAAGCUCAAGUCCGACCAGCGCUCAGCUGAGGAGGGCCGAGGGAGCUAAAGGUAUUGAUGAAGGAAUUGCAGAUUUACAAAAUCACAGCCCACCUCCUUUUUCUGUUGAGUGUUGCACUAAAACAGACAGCUAACACAAACACACACUCUCUGCAGAUUAUACUGACCAGUCACACAUGAUAGUGAUGCCUAAAACACUGCCAUAACCUGCUAUCAGGCUUGUCUGACAAGCAAAUUGCAGUACAUAAAAAGAUACAGGUAUAAAACCUUGCAUCUCUAUAAUAGUUCAUCUUUGUGGUGUCCUUGAUUUUCAAAAGUGCAUAAUAUAUGACAAAACCUCAUGGUUGAAAGAUAUUAAAAGAACAUAUUUAUCUAGUUAUUCAUACAUAAAUAUAUAAAAAUUGCAAAUAUUCUUUCAAUAAUAUAUAUGAUAAUAUUGUCUGCCAUCAUAUUGAAAGAUGUUUAAAUGGAUCCUUUUUUGGGAAAAGGUACAGAGCAGAAAUAUACCUGAGUGAAAGCAGGGUUGCUAUAUGUAGUGCCAUUGAUGCCUCCCAGAGCCCUAAUACCCCAACUCCCUUGUUUAAUAUCUGAUAAUGAUGUCUGUGGAAAAUCUUGUCUCUAACUGCCUUGUUCAUUUUACAAUCAUUCCUGCACCUCCUCAUGGGUGUCUCAGUGUCAGGGUUUUUGUCUUUUGUUCUCAGUGAAAUGUCUUUUUCCACUACUUCUGAAAGGCACACUGUUUAAUGGGGCCAAUGUUUUUUAAAAUUAUGCAAACUUUUAGAUCAAGCACAAGAACAUUAUUAUACAGUGAAUCCAUAGCUUGUGGUGCAAGUAGCUGGGACCAAAUACAUUUCACAAAGCAAUUGAUCAAUAUUACUUUGAUAAUUACAUCCCACUGGGAAUGAUGUGAAUUAGGAGAAAGCAAUGUGUUGGUGGCUGACAUCAAUUUAAGCAUUUGUUGUGCUAAUGUAGGCAAACAGUAAAUGAAGACCUUGGGAGUUGAAGUUGAGAAGGUUUCACAAAAUGCCACUACUGCUACUAUUAGCCCUUAAUCAUUUGAUUUACUGUUAUCAAUGUUAUCAAUGUACCAAAUCAAUCAUGUUUGGGUGAAGUAUUUCUUGAAACCCAGUGCCAUUCCUCCCUUAUGUCCAGUUUUUGGAGUUUUGUAUCAGUUUCAUUGUGUGUGAGCAUGUGUGCCUUGCAUGUGUGGUGUAUAAAGUGAGUGCAUGACUGAGACUUUAUAAAUAAAGAAGGCAGAGUGGGGUGUGGUUCAGGUGCAAAUAUAGUGAACGUCAAAUUUGAUAAGUGACUAAGUGACUAAUUUGCAUUGUUUACUUUUAUAAAGUAGCAUCUGUUUUACAUAAUUUCCCUCCCAGGAGACACAUCAGGAAAAGAAAUUAUCUUCAGUUCAGAAUAAUUCCACUGCUGUUGCCAUAGCAACCCCCAUGAUCUUGCCACCCAUCUAUGGGUUACAAAAGCACAAAGUGUAUGUAGACUCUGUGCUUGUUUAACCAGAUAAAUACAUCUCUGCAUUGAUCAGACCCCUUUAUUUACAGAUAUUUAGCAGUCAGUACUGGGAAUGUAGCUAUUUCAGACCCUAGUGUUCUGAAGUGUUUCACAGUGGAGGUCAGCGAUAAUGACUGAUUAAAGCUUUGGAGGAGUGUGUGGUUUAUCUUCAGGACGAACGAGAUCUGUUGAGUGCUGCUAGAGCUUCAAAUUUAGCCAACCAACAUUAAAAUAUCUCACUUAUUUGCGUUCCGUAGAUAUCCGACACAAGAAACAUUAGCUAUGUCGGAAAUCGCAUAGUUUUAUCGCGAGCGAGCUCACAGUGAAAAAAUCACCAAAAUAACUUUAAUGAUAUACUUUAAUCGUUUACUAAAACUAACAAAAAUUGUUUUGACUGUUUUAUAACAUUUUGCGGUGUUCACAGCCUCUUGUAUGUUAAAAAGAGAGGCACCUUAUGCUGCAAUUUAUAUUUUAAUGAAAGGCUGAUACACAGUGAGAACGCUGCUUUAUAUCAAUCAGUUUAAAUAAUGACCUGAAUAUUAACCAUUUCUGAUAUGAAAGUCAAACAAAUAUUUUAAUUAAGUAUUUAAAAUAUUUGUUCAAAUCUGACCAAAAAAGCAGACUAACCCAAAAUGGCAAGACUUUGUAGUUCACUAUACAUGUAGGUGGAAGCCAUUUAAGAUUCACCUUGCAGCUUGGUUUGUAAAGCUUUAGAGCUUGCUGGUCCCUCCGAUCUUUAUCUAUUCGGUUUUUAUUUCUAUCACAGCUUACAAAAAUUAUCAUGUUAGGAAUCUAAGCAAAGCAAAUAAUGUAUUAGAUCAUUUCAUAGAAAGCCUGCUGGCUUUAGAUACACUAGGAAAUUAAAUUAAGAGCUCUGUAGCUAAACCACAUCAUAUCUAGUUGAAAAGAUAAGAGAUGUGAAGUCUGACCUAAGACACCAAGAUAGCAGUAUCUGUGCUAGCAUCAGUGUAAGAAUGUGAGAAAUCUGACUUAUUUCCAGCUGUGGCUUUAAUUAUUCAUUGAGACGUCCCCUAGAUCGACUGUGGAUUGUUUUGACCAGCGAGAUGUUGCCUCGCUUUAAAAUGUAUCUGGGGGAAAGUUCUAGAAAGCGCUCUACCAAUCAUAGAAUUGGAGAUCUGGUAAAUUUAUAAAUUAGUUAUUUUAAACCAAUUCCUCAAAUUACUGAUACAACUAACAUUUUUUGACAUUUUAAAUGUCAAAUCACUAGACGUAGACUUAGGCUUAAGUAACAAUUAUUUAUUGUUUACAUUGUGGAUUACUAAUACCAACAAUGAUGUCAUGGUCUAUUGA